AUGUCUUUCCGUAAGAGGAACGUCGUUAUUGGAGGCACAGGCAACGGCACAUCAGCUUCUGCUGCCCCCCGAAAAGACAAAGCCCUGGCUCCAGGUAUAAGGCCGUCGCCUCUCGAUGGACGGCUCACUACAUCGACAGGCACCUCAUCGCUCGACCAACUACUAGCUGGGCAUUCUGGGUUUCCCCUAGGCACAUCACUUCUUAUUGAAGAGGCCGGAACGACAGAUUUUGGAGGCACUUUGCUCCGCUACUAUGCUGCUGAGGGGCUGGUGCAGGGACAUGAAGUCCAUGUUCUGGGUUACGAUAGCAACUGGCGCCGUGAGCUGCCAGCGCUUGACCUUAAUGGAGGAAGCAAGUCCCGCAGCAGUAAGAAGGAUGCCCCAGCAGACGACAAGAUGAAGAUUGCAUGGAGAUAUGAAACGUUUGGCAACCCUCAAGCCAGAAACCCGUCGGUCCCAGAUUCUAAGGCGUCUUCAGUACCUACACCCGGUGGAGGAACCUUCUGCCACAGCUUUGAUCUCACCAAGCGGCUGGAGAGCAGCGCCAUCCAGGGCAAGCUUCAUGCUAUGCCCGGCGCAGAUGUUCUCUCAGCGUCGCCGCAAAUUCCCUUCAAGCGAUUCGUGGCCGAUGUGGUUUCCAAGAUCAGAAACUCCCCUCCCUCAACUGUCCACCGGAUCGUGGUGCCCAGUCUGCUCUCGCCUACGCUAUACUCGUCCUCAGCUUGCAAACCCCAAGAGUUUCUUCAGUUUCUCCACAAUCUCCGAGCAAUACUCAGACAGUUUCCUCAUCAGACCACUGCCAUGGUCACACUACCUGUCUCACUGUACCCUCGAUCAACCGGUCUUACGCGCUGGGCCGAGCUCCUUGCGGAUGGAGUCCUCGAAUUGAUCCCGUUGCCCCACCAAAGCCAGAUGAGCCGUGAGCCCGGCGAGAAGGAGAAAGAACAGGGUCUUCUACGAGCACACAGUCUACCUGUGUUCCACGAAAAGGGAGGCGGCCUAGAGGGAUCCUGGUCCCGGGAAGACCUGUCCUUCAAGCUCAGCGCUUCCAGCGGCAUGGUCAUCACACCAUACAGCCUGCCGCCAGUGGGCGAUGAGGAAGAGGAGGAAAAGACCAAGGCUGCCAAAUCAGAUGAGAAGAAAAAGAAAGAAUCACUAGACUUUUGA